AGCCGUUUGGUUCAAACAAUUUUCGAAAGUGGAGCGCACAAUCAUCGUCCAGACCAGUUGCGUAUUUGCCAUGGCUGUAUGCAGCAAGAUGUCAGGGAGCCGCACAACGGGUGUGAUGCUGGCCGGGGGAAUGGCUAUGUUCAUGGCCCCAGCGUUCGUUGCCCCCGGAGUGCCCCGCCAGGCUCAGGUCAGCACAUCGGCUCAGACGUUUCAGACUGCUCAGGCCGCUCAGGCCAUGCGAUCUGAGCCAACUCUAGGCUCCGCAGUGGCCGGUGCUGCCGUGGCCGGUGCAGCUAUGGCUGGCGCAGGUGCCAGGGGUGCCCGUCGGGCCAAAGGGCGCACGGUUGUAGCUGCGCGGCCAGACAUGGAGCAGUGGCAGGGGCUGAGCAAAUUGACCGCCCUUGCCCAAGAGCUGCUGCAGCGGCCCUCGCCUCAGCAGCUGCAGCGCCUGGUGCUUGAGUUGCGCAGCUUCGCUGCCGCCGAGCUGCAGAGGGCGCAGUCGGCCACAGCCCCGGCCGCGCGCGCGAAGGCCUUCGCGGAGGUGGCGCAAGGUGCGGAGCAGGCGCUGCGCAGCGGUGUGGAGGGCCAGCUGCGGUGGGCCGCCAGCGCAGCGGCAGCGAUGCUCCUGAGCAACGUGGUGACCCUGCAGCCAGCACAGGCGGCUGAUGUGGUGAACUAUUCCGACUUCCUGGAGUCAGUGAACAGGGGAGAUGUGGAGAUGGUCCGGGUGCAGCAAGAUAUGGUCUCUGCGCAGUACACCACCAAAGACGGCUCUCGUCGUGAAGUAAACCUCAUUCCCAACGCACAGAUCGAGGAUCAGCUCUUCAAUCAGCUAGCUGACAAGAAGGUUGACGUGGUGGUUGGGACCAACCAGGAGGGCUCCCCCUUGGACUUCCUGCGGAGCUUCGCCGGUCCUUUGGCCUGGCUCAUCGCUGGUCUCCUGCUGCUCUUCGGCGGACCCUUGGGCGGCCCUGCAGGCCCCGGCGGCCCAGGUGGCCCAGGUGGGAACCCCUUUGAGUUGGGCAAAGCCAAGGCGCGUAUUGCCAAGGACGGAGAGACGGGCACCAAGUUUGCGGAUGUCGCCGGUUGCGACGGCGCCAAGCAGGAAUUGGUGGAGGUGGUCGACUUCCUGAAGAAUACCUCCAGAUACUCCGAGCUGGGCGCGAAGAUUCCCAAGGGUGCGUUGCUGGUGGGCCCCCCGGGAACUGGCAAGACACUGCUGGCGAAGGCUGUGGCCGGCGAGGCGGGGGUGCCAUUCUUCAGCAUCGCUGCCUCGGAGUUCGUGGAGGUCUUCGCCGGGGUGGGCGCCAGUCGUGUUCGUGACCUCUUCGAGCAAGCCAAGAAGUCUGCUCCCUGCAUCAUUUUCAUCGAUGAGAUCGAUGCCGUGGGGCGCCAGCGCAGCGCCGGCUUUGGCCAGGGCAACGAUGAGAGGGAGCAGACGGUGAACCAACUGCUCACGGAGAUGGACGGGUUUGAGGCCAACAAGGGCGUGGUGGUCAUCGCUGCCACCAACCGCGCAGACAUCCUGGACCAGGCGCUGGUGCGACCUGGGCGUUUCGACCGCCAAAUCCAAGUGGAUCCCCCAGACGUUCAGGGCCGGACGGAGAUCCUCAAGGUUCAUGCCAAGGGCAAGAACCUGGCACCAGGCGUGGAUCUCACGGCUGUGGCUCGGAUGACCCCCGGCAUGUCCGGCGCAGAUUUGGCGAAUUUGCUGAACGAGGGCGCCAUCGUGGCGGCACGCGAGAACAAGACUGAGAUUGACCAGGACGACAUUGCCAACGCACUGGAGAGGAUCGCUAUCGGUUUGGAGAAAAAGGAUGCCGUGAUGAGUGAGAAGAAAAAGCGGUUGGUGGCCUAUCACGAGGCUGGCCAUGCUAUCUUGGGAGCAUUGAUGAACGACUACGACGUCGUCGCCAAGAUCAGCAUCGUGCCCAGGGGACCUGCGGGUGGUGUGACCAUCUUCACCCCCUCGGAAGAUCGCCUGGAUUCUGGGCUCUACACCAAGGAGUUUCUGGAGAACCGGAUGUGCGUGGCGCUGGGCGGGCGAUUGGCGGAGGAGAUCAUCAACGGCAAGGACAAUGUCACCACAGGGGCCUCCAACGACUUCCAGCAGUGCACGCAGGUGGCCAAGCAGAUGGUGAUGACGCUGGGCAUGUCGCCAGCGAUCGGCCAGCGGCUGUUGGGCGGCCAACAGGGGGGCGGUCCCUUCAUGGGCCGAGACUUCAUGGGUCAGAGCGCGCCCCCCAUGUCGCAGGCCUUGAAGCAGCAGGUGGAUGAUGAGGUGAAGCGCAUAGUGGAUGAGCAGUACAAACGUGGGAUGAAGCUUCUCACUGACAACAUGUACCUGCUGGAUGAGCUUGCCAAGACCUUGAUGGAGCAGGAGAAGGUUGGUGGUGAAGAGUUGGUCAGGAUGAUCAACAAGGCUGCGAUUGAAGGCAAGUUGGUCAUGGCGCAGCAGAUGGCCACUGCGGCCUACAUGGGUGAAGCCGCUGAAAACACCGGCACCAGCCGCGCCGCGCUGCCAGCGCAAGUCCACCAGGUCCGUGGCCAAAGGAGACCUGGCUUUUGCGGAAGCCGCGCUUUGCCUAUACUGCGCAGCCGGGCAGCCAGGAGCGCGGUGGCGCGGUACGGCCUUGCCACCGAAGGGGUGGAGGCUGCAAGCGAGUGCACCAGCGAUGAGGUGCUGCGCAAGGUGCAGCAGGUGGCCGACUCGCAGGGUACAGCGCUGCCAGAGCAGGCGAUCCAAGCUGCUGCUGCCUCUUUUGUAGUGGCUUUGGCAUCCACUGCAGCUCCUAUCCCAGCCUCGGCCGAGGUGCCAGCCUCGGCCGAGGCUGCUUUGCCAGACAUAGCCCCAAUGCAGCAGGCGGCCCAAGGACGAGAGAUCGCAGCAUCGCCUGUGGACAGGGUCAGCUACUCGAAUUUGCUGCAGCUGGUGGAUGAGGGUCAGGUGGACCGUGUGGACUUCUACGACAAGGGCCGCACAGGGGUGGUGAGCGUGGCGGGCAGGCAGCAGCAGCUGGUGGCAGAGCUGCCGCCGGGCACCGGACUCGUCAACAAGCUUUUGGCCAAGCAGAUCCAGAUCGAGGUCCACACGCCUGAGAAGCCCAACCCUCUGCUGGGCGCGCUGGGCGAUGCCGCUCUGCCGCUUCUGCUCAUCGGAGGGUUGCUGUAUAUGCGGUCCAGGGGCCCUGGCACGGGCGGCAUCCCGGGCAUGAACCAGAAAGCGCAGAUCAUGAUGACGCCGGAGACCGGUGUAAAGUUCGAGGAUGUGGCAGGCAUCGAGGAGGCCAAGCAGGAGCUGACCGAGAUCGUGGACUUCCUACGGGCGCCCGAGCGCUUCGUGAAGGUGGGCGCCAAGAUCCCUCGAGGCGUCCUGCUGAGUGGCCCUCCGGGCACGGGCAAGACCCUCAUGGCCAAGGCGUUGGCAGGGGAGGCCAAGGUGCCCUUCAUCCAGGCCUCCGCCUCCGAGUUCAUCGAGCUCUUUGUCGGGGUGGGCGCCUCACGGGUCCGCGACAUCUUCAAGCAGGCCAAGGAGAACUCCCCGUGCAUCGUCUUCAUCGACGAGCUCGACGCCAUCGGCCGACAGCGCGGCGCCGGCAUGGGAGGCGGCAAUGACGAGCGCGAGCAGACCUUGAACCAGAUCCUCACUGAGAUGGAUGGCUUUGAAGGCAACAGCGGCGUCAUUGUAGUUGCUGCCACCAAUCGUGCGGACAUCUUGGACCAGGCCUUGCUGCGGCCGGGUCGUUUCGACCGCCGCGUCACCGUGGGUCUGCCAGAUGUGCAGGGCCGGGAGCAGAUCCUGAAUGUGCAUGUGAAGAACAAGAAGCUGGCAGAAGAGGUGACGCUUCUGGACAUCGCCAAGCGCACGGCUGGCUUCAGCGGAGCAGAUCUCGAGAAUCUCAUGAACGAGUCGGCCAUCCUGGCGGCGAGGCGCAACAAGACUGGCAUCACCAUGCAGGAGAUCAACGACGCAACUGACCGAGUCAUCGCUGGCCUCGAGGGCCGGGCUAUGCCCGACAGCGCCUCCAAGAAGCUGGUGGCCUAUCACGAGGCAGGCCAUGCUCUGGUGGGCACGCUGCUGCCAUACCAUGACCCGGUGAACAAGGUGACGCUGAUCCCCCGUGGCCAGGCCAAAGGCCUCACCUGGUUCACGCCUGGGGAGGACCAGAGCCUCAUUUCAGCGGCCAUGCUGAAGGCGCGCAUCGCGGGCGCUUUGGGGGGCCGCGCAGCGGAGCAGCUGGUCUUUGGCACCGACCAGGUCACCACUGGGGCCAGCGGAGACCUCCAGCAGGUGGAACGCAUGGCCCGGGCCAUGGUCACGCAGUUCGGCAUGUCCCAGGUGGGCUCCAUCGCCAUCGACGAGGGGGGCAUGAUGGGCCCCAGCUACUCCGAGGCGUUGAGCAGCGAGAUCGACGGGGCGGUGAAGGCCAUCUCGGAUGAGUGCUAUUUGAGGGCCCUAACUCUGCUCGCGGAGCAUCGGGCUGUCUUGGACAAGAUCGCAGAGGAGCUUUGCGAGGUGGAGACCAUGUCCGGGCAGCGCCUGAUGCAGAUUCUGGAGGAGCACACUGCGGUGCCGGAGAAGCUGACGGCGGUUUGAGGCCCAGGUGUUCCGGAGAAAUGAAAGUCCGGCAAAGGCCGAAGGCUCUGCCAAAGAAAGGCAGGCGAUGAUUUUAUGGAGACGUUCCAAAUUCUCAUGAGGUGCAGGUUCCACUUCCAGUUGCUGGGGCAAGUCAGAGGCUCUCGGGUACAGACUUGAGAUGGCUUGCCAUAGCAAUCUUCGGCACUACGGGGUAUUUUGUACAGAUCCCGCUGUGCCCCAACUUUGAAGGGCUGAAUGGCAUGCUUCAAAUAUCCAUUCGCGAAUUCAAGCCAUGCUUCUGAGCUUCUGACCGGCCAAUGUGAACUUAGCUGGCCGGUGCCUCCUCUUCCCGGCGAAGUCGUCGUGGCAAUGAUACAAUGUUGCACACCCGCCUAAUCCGAACAGCGCAAAACAACAAUAACAGAAGCGCCUUUGUUUGCUGC